UCACAGCAAUUCGCAGCGCUGACUGAAGUGCUCUUCCGCUUUCUGACGGAGCCCAAGGAGGUAGAAAGGUUUCUGACUCAGCUCUCAGACUUUGCCACCAUGAAUAAAAUCAGCUUGGGCCCCCUGAAAAACAUUGUCAAGAGUGUUCUUCUGGUACCUAAUGGUGCCCUGAAGAGGAAUUUGUCUCCGGAACAAGUCAGAGCAGAUUUUAUUGCUCUAGGCCUCAGUGAAGAGAAAGCCAGUUAUUUUGCAGAACAGUGGAAGGUGCAUUCCCCCACCCUAACACGCCUGGCUGUUGGUCAGACGCUGAUGAUUAACCAGCUGAUAGAUAUGGAGUGGAAGUUUGGAGUGACUGCUGGGAGCAGCGAACUGGAAAAAGUGGGAAGUAUCUUCUUACAGCUGAAGCUGGUGGUUAAAAAAGGGAGCCAAAUGGAAAACGUAUAUAUAGAGUUAACUUUGCCCCAGUUCUACAGUUUUCUGCAUGAAAUGGAACGGGUCAAAACCAGUCUGGAAAGCUUCAGCUGA